GCAGCGUUCUAAACAUUGCAAAAAUAAACGUACACACGCUGUUCGUUGUGUACGAUGGCAGCAGGGCCUAUUGCAGAAAGAAAUCAAGAUGCCACAGUUUAUGUUGGUGGAUUAGAUGAUAAAGUAACAGAAGCCAUACUAUGGGAGUUGUUUCUUCAGGCAGGGCCUGUGGUGAAUGUCCACAUGCCCAAGGACCGUGUAACACAGAGUCAUCAGGGAUAUGGUUUUGUGGAAUUCAUGGGAGAAGAAGAUGCAGAUUACGCUAUAAAAAUUAUGAACAUGAUAAAAUUAUAUGGUAAACCUGUCCGGGUUAAUAAGGCCUCUGCACAUCAGAAGAACCUGGACGUAGGAGCCAACAUAUUUAUCGGUAACUUGGACCCUGAAGUUGACGAGAAACUGUUAUAUGAUACAUUUAGUGCUUUUGGAGUCAUAUUACAAACACCAAAGAUCAUGAGAGAUCCAGAUUCUGGGAACUCUAAAGGAUAUGCCUUUAUAAACUUUGCCAGUUUUGAAGCUUCUGAUGCUGCGAUAGAAGCUAUGAAUGGACAAUAUUUGUGCAAUAGAGCUAUAACGAUCUCAUAUGCAUUUAAAAAGGAUUCAAAAGGAGAAAGACAUGGAUCUGCUGCAGAGAGACUAUUGGCUGCCAAGAAUCCCUUAUCAUUAACAGACAGACCUCAUCAGUUGUUUGCAGAUGCCCCACCCCCUCCACAACAACCCCCAGGUCCAGGACCUUCAUCAUCCAUGGCCCCUCCCCCUCCUCCACCAAUGGGAGGAAUGAUGUCAGCAGGACAAGCAGGUCCUCCAACAUCGAUGUCAAAUAUUCCCCCUCCUCCAGUGCCACCCCCCUCAUCACAACAUCUGCCACCACCACCUGUGCCACCCAUGGGGAUGCCACCAUUUCCACCAGGACAUCCAGGACAAAUGCCAUUCAUGCAUCCACCCAUGCAGAGACCCCCACCCCCUUCAUCGAUGCCAGGAACAACGGGGGCACAGGCAUCACAUGCCCCACCCCCUCCACAUUACUCACAGCCAGGACCCCCAAGAUAUCCAGGACCUCCCCCUCCAGGAUGGAAUAACCAGCAGAGACCACCAUACCCAGGACAAGGACCCCCACCCCCUCCUCCUCCAGGGAUGAGACCCCCUCCCCCUCCUGGAUGGAACGGUCCACCACCUCCAGGAAUGAGACCACCACCCUUCCCUGGUGGCAGACCCCCACCCCCAGGAAUGAGAGGACCCCCUCCACCAGGCAUGGGAGGUCCACCCAGAGGUCCACCAGGGCCUGGACCACGUGGACCACCACCCCCCAGAGGUAUGAGAGGUCCACCACCUCCUGGUAUGAGAGGACCGCCACCACCUCCAAGGAACUGAAGUUUCAAAUAGAACAUGUUGUGAUGGAAGUUGUAGUGUUGAAAUACAAUCUGAUGAUAACUUAUUGGACAAUAUGUAGUUAUUAUUGUAAAAUCUCUGUGCAACGGGAAAAUAUUGACCUUUCUUUAUGUGGUGUGUCGAAAAAAGGAAAAAAAUAUUCUCUGAAAAAAACUCAAAUUGAUUAUCGUCAAUUACUCAAUUUAAAAAACUUGAACAAAUAUAUUCAAAUUGCUGAACCAUGAAGCUACAUAGAGAAAUUGAAAUAAUAUUCAGCACUUAGGUCAAAAAUUUAAAAUGAAUUGCUUCUGUUUAAUCAUGUGACCAUAUCAUUUCAAUGGUAGUAUCUUUAAAAAGCUGAUUAAAUGUUGUUUAUUUUUCACUUUGGGCUGCCCUUGAUCAUUUAGAUCUAAAAAGUUUGAAAAAGGGUCCUAUAAAAUUACACCUUUUCCUUAGAAUGGGUUUGUACGGUAAGGCAGUCCUGGAUUCAUGUCAUUACAUUCAUAAUACCAUGUCAUUAAUGUUAUGUUUAUUAUUAAAAUGUAAAUACUGACAA